CUUUUAAUGGUAAAAGUAGUAGGUGUAUGACAUCGCAUCGCACUUGUUCUCCUGUAUUUCAUCAUUUUAACCAUUCUAAGUUAUUUAUUUCUUUUAGUAAUAUUUAUUUUAUUGCUAGUGAAUAUAACGCUUCAGAAAGAUGUCUGUGAUAGGGAUCGACAUCGGAAAUGAAAAUUCUUACAUUGCCGUUGCUAGAGCGGGUGGCAUAGAAACCAUAGCCAAUGAAUACAGUCAGAGAGCCACUCCGUCUUACAUUGCUUUUGGUGAGAAAACCAGAGACUUGGGUGUUUCGGCAAAGAACAAACAAAUCACAAAUUUAAAGAAUACCAUAUUUUGUUUCAAAAGACUUCUUGGUAAGAAAUAUAGAGAAAGUGCUGUUGCAAGUGAACUCCAACAUGUUCCUUACAAUAUAUGUGAACUCAAGCCUUCUGGUGAUGUUGGGUUUCAGGUGAGCUACUUAGGAGAAAGUACAACUCUGACUGCUCAACAGAUAAUGGCAAUGUUUCUAACAAAAUUGAAAGAAAUUUCAGAAAGCAAUUUAAGAAUUAAAGUCACUGAUUGUGUCAUAUCUGUUCCUAUUUAUUACAAUGAUGCUGAAAGAAGGGCUCUUCUUGAUUCUGCUGAAAUUGCAGGAUUAAAUGUCCUAAGAUUAUUAAAUGAGACAACUGCAGUUGCUCUUGCUUACGGCUUUUAUCAGACAGACCUUGAUGAUGAAAAACCAAAAAACGUAGUUUUUGUUGAUUUGGGAAACUCUGCAUUUCAAGUUACAGCAUGUGCUUUCACAAAAGGAAAGCUCAAAAUUUUAGGUACUGCCUUUGAUCGUCAUCUAGGUGGAAGAGAUUUUGAUUAUCGUUUAGUACAUCAUUUUGUUGAAGAUUUCAAUGCUAGGUACAAGCUGGACAUCAUGAAAAACAAAAGAGCAGUCAUGAGAUUAUUUACAGAAUGUGAAAAGCUAAAGAAACAAAUGAGUGCUAAUUCUCUGGUCCUGCCAUUGAACAUUGAGUGCUUUAUGAAUGACAUUGAUGUUUCAGGAAAGAUGAAAAGAGAAGAUUUUGAGAAUAUGUGUUCUGAUCUUUUAACCAAUAUUGAAAACACUUUGAGGAGACUACUACAAGAUGUUCGUUUGAAAGUUGAGGAUAUAGACUCUGUUCAACUCAUUGGAGGCUCUACUCGAAUUCCAGCUGUAAAGGCAUUAGUACAAAAAGUUUUCAAAAAAGAACCUAGUACUACAUUAAAUCAAGAUGAAGCUGUCGCUAGAGGCGCUGCACUUCAGUGUGCUAUGUUAUCACCUACUUUUAAAGUGAGAGAUUUCUCAAUAACAGAUGUCCAACCCUAUGCUAUAAAACUUGCUUGGAAAGCUGCAAAAUCUGAAGACAGUGAAAUGGAAGUGUUUCCUUACUUACAUCCUGUACCUUUUUCCAAGCUGUUAACUUUUUAUCGUUCUGAGCCAUUCACCGUUGAAGCAUCUUAUGUAAUGAAAGAUGAAAAACCUAACUUCACUAGUCGUGCAGAAAUAGGUAGCUUUACUAUUCAAAAUGUCACACCUAAUCAAGAUGGUGAAAGUACUAAAGUAAAAGUCAAAGCAAGAAUAAAUUUGCAUGGUAUUUUCUCUAUAUGUUCAGCAAGCAUGCUGGAGAAACAAAUUAUUAAUAGCGAACCAGAUUGUGCCCUAAUUAAUGAAAAGACUACCAGCCCUAAGAAAAGCAAAAAAAGGUCAGAAGCUAAAGAAAAUGAAACAAAAGAGGAAGCUAUGGAGUCAGAAAAUGCCGAAGUAGCUGCUAAUGGAGACAUCAAUGCAACCGAGAAUAAUGAGGAAAAGAAUGAAGCACAGGAGCCUGUAAAAAAAGAUGCUGAACAAAAAAAGUCAAAAAAUGCUGUAAAAGCUGUUGAAUUACCUAUCAAAGCUGUUGUUCCUCAACUAAGCAGAAAUGAACUUAAUGACUUUAUUGAAAAAGAAGCUAAAAUGAUUAUGCAAGAUAAAAUGGAGAAGGAAAAAGCUGAUGCAAAAAAUGCAGUAGAGGAAUAUGUGUAUGAAAUGAGAGGAAAGUUAUGUGAAGAACUAGAAAAAUUUAUAUCAGAUGAAGCAAGGGAAAAAUUUAAACUUUUUCUUGAAGAAACUGAAAGUUGGUUGUAUGAUGAAGGUGAAGAUCAGCAGAAAAGUGUAUAUGUCCAAAGACUUAAUGAUUUAAAGAAACUUGGUGAUCCAGUAGUUCAUAGAUAUAAUGAGUGGGAGCAGAGACCUGUAGCGCUAAAUGAAUUUGGAAGAACGUUACAGCUUGUACAUAAAGCAUUACAGUCUUAUGCUGCAAAAGAAGAGCAUCUUGCACAUCUGCAAGAAGAAGAGAUGGUUAAGGUUGGAAAGCUGUGGGAAGAAAAGGACAAAUGGAUUGGUCAGUAUCUAGGUACAUUAGCAAAUCUGAAGCAGCAUGAAGAUCCUCCAAUACUUGCCUCACAAAUUAGGCAAGAAAGAGAAAACUUUGAAAGUCAGGUGAAGCCCAUUCUAAGCAAACCAAAGCCGAAAGUAGAACCACCUCCAGCAGCUGAUGAAAAAACAUCUAAUGUUGAUCAAUCACAGACUGAUAGUGAAAUGAAAGAUACCUCUAAUGGCUCAGAGAAACCUGAAACUGAGCCAACAGACAAAGCAGAAAACCGCUCACAACCAGAAACUAUGGAAAUAAAUUAGCUGCAAGAAAUGUAGCAAAACCCUUUGGAUCUGUGAUCAUUUUGCUUAUUUGAGCACCUAAUGGAGGGUUAAAGGAAGGCAAUCAACAAUUGACGAAAAUCCCUGAAAUCUGAAAAAAAAGAAAAUGAAUGAAUGUGAAAAUAAUUGAAACUAUUACAUCAAAAAUAAAGGAAGCAAAGUAUCACCUUAAUAAACACAUGAGGAAAAGGUGUUAAAAUCAUCUGUAGAGCUAAAAAAAAAAAAAAACUUACAGAUUAACUUAGAAGCUUGAUUUUUAUUUUCAUUUGUUUCAUUUAUUUAUUUUUAUUAUUUCUUGUAUGUUAUCUGAUUAAGAGUGUUUAAACUGUAUGUCAACUUACUACCUAUUACACUGUAUUUAUUUCUCUACCAAAGUUCUUAAUGCUUCCUAAAUUGUUGAACUAAAAUUUGAGUGCAUGAGUGUAAGCAACUACAAAAAUGUGUGUUUGCUAAGUUUGAACAUACGAAACUGUAUUCACUAGGCAUAUUGCCGACUGAGUGUUCAACAUUGUGUUCAUUAAUAUAUAAAGUCUGAAUUUGUUUUUUCCUUUUAACCACAUAGGCAAAAUAGGUACAAAAAAAAUCUGUUUUCAUUUUAAGUCAUAUCUUUUAAACUGGCUGUUUAGAGGAAUAAUUUUCACUAAAUUAUUCCUCUAAACAGCCCCAUAAAAUUUACACUAAAUUAUGUCUCUUUUUUAAAUUUUUUACAGUUGAAUAUCACUCUACAUAAUGGUUUUCUUUAGAAACUUUUCAAAUAGGCACAGAUUAAUAGUGUUUCUAAAAGGAAUUUUCUGCUUCAGUUACAAUCUGCCUGUGUUUGAAUUAAAGUCAUACAUAUUCAAAGCACCAUAAUACUAUAUUUUGAUGUACUAAGUUGAGCAUUCCGAAAUACGAUUUUCCAAGCUUUGUUUUGAGAGUUAUCAUAACUUGCCUCUAUAGUUAUUAACAUUCUUACUUCUAUUUUAGUUUUUAUUGUGGUUGAUACUUUUAAUUCUAAGUUUUUUCGUUUUUUAAAUAUGUUUUUUGACUUGACUCUUUGGGCUUAAAUCAUUGGAAUAUUUCUUUUUUUUUUUACCCAAUAUUCCAACUAGCUAUGGGAUGAUAAUUUUAAAUUACUGUUUGUAAAUUUUUCAAAUCAUUUUGAUCUAAAUUAUUUUGUCAGUAAAAAAAAAGAAGAACUAUUAGAACUCAGCUGUGCUGUUAUGUAGCUCUGAAUGAAAUUAGUGAUCCAACUACAAGCAUCUCCUAUGGAUGAAGCUUACUUAAUGAUUAUAAGUGGUGUUGCUGUUUGACAUAUAUUGGUAGUGUAUUUAUUUUUUAUUGUUUUGAAGAUUUGCAUUACAAUAAAUGUAUUCAUGAAAGAAA